AUGAAUGUUGGCAUCUUAAUGAGAUCAGCAACUCAAAGAAGUUACCACAAAGAGACGACGAUGUUUCAUGAAUUAAAUCGUAAAGGAGAUCAAGAUAUUGCUUCGCGCUUGGCUUCGCGUCAUUUUCCGCCUUCGGUUCUUUAUAGAAGUGCAACUUUGAAUGCCGAUUGUAGAAUAAUAAAAGCAUACAAUGAGUGA